AAAACCAUGAAGAGUAGAACAUACAAAAAAAAUAUAUCAAAAAUAAAUAAAUUUUGUGAUACUAACAUUAAUCAAUUUCAGUUGUUGAUAAUUUGUUUUUCUACUGUGUGAAAUAAAAUUAGUGAAGCGUAAUAACCAAAACCAUAAAGAAUGUAGUGGACAACAAUGUAAAUUACACAAAAAAAAAUCUAUGGUAUUUCAUUAACAUAAUACAAUUUUUCUGUUUGUAAAAAAGAAAGUAUUAAAGUCAAAGGACCAAAGCCAUAAAAAUGCACUAGAUAAAAAAAUGUAAAUACUAUAUUUGUACAAUAACAUUAUUAUAGAAUUACAAACAUUUAAUGAAACAAACUGAAUUUCUUCCUAACCUACACAAGAUCAAGCUGUAUUCACUGGACACACCCGUCUGUCGGGGGAGGAAUAAGCCUGAAAGUAACCCUACUCUAAGUUCUAACCUACACAAGAUCAAGCUGUAUUCACUGGACACACCCGUCUGUCGGGGGAGGAAUAAGCCUGAAAGUAACCCUACUCUAAGUUCUAACCUACAUAUUCAUUUUUUUAAAUUAUAAUGUAGUAAAUUUUGAGAACUUAGAGCAGGGUUACUUUCAGGCUUAUUCCUACCCCGCCAGACGGGUGUGUCCAGUGAAUACAGCUUGAUCUUGUGUAGGUUAGAACUUUGAGUAGGGUUACUUUCAGGCUUAUUACUCACCCAUUCCAUUUGCAUUUUGUUAAUUUUAAUGUUCAUAUGUUCUGCCCUUUAGCUGCAUAACUUUUUUUAUGCUAAUAUAAUGUUACAAAUGUUUUUGUUUUUUUUCAAUUAUGAAUCUCAUAUGGACAUGGUCUUUUAAAAUUUUCUAAAUAUUUAUUUUUUUGUUUUGUUGUAAUGGUUUUUGUUGGCAUCCUCUUUUUCCCAAACAAGGAUAUCGUAAUGAAAUAUAUAAUCUUAAUGAUUUUUAUAUGAAACGGAUUGUUUUAUUUUGAAAAAAAAUUAUAAUUAUGUAAUAUUGAAAUAUUUUUUAUGGUAUUAAGUGUUUAUAUUCCUAUCUCUUUUCAUCUAUUGAUCUGUUCUUUUUAUGGUCAAGGUCCUAAAAUAUUUCAUUGCUUCAUUUAAAAAACAAACUAAAGAUGUUUCGUGUAUUUUUAAUUUUUGUCUCUCGUAUUUAUAGUUUUGGUCCUUUGGUUUCGAUAUUUUUAUCUAACAUGAGCAGAAAAUGACAUGCCAAUGAAAUUCUUGUUUGUAAAUGUAAAACUAAAGAUGUUUUAAAUUUUUGUCUCUUAUAUUUUUGAUAGUUUGGUUUCCUUUGGUUUCAAUAUUUUUUAUUUAACAUAAGCAAAAAAUAAAUUAUAAAUGUAAAUUUACAGAUGUUUUAUGUGUUUUAAAUUUUUGUAUUUUGUGUUCUUCAUGAUUUUGGUCCUUUGGCUUUAAAUUUUUCAUUUCAAAAAAAAAAAGAAAUUAUGGCUCUACAGAAAGGAGGCCUCCACGUGGCUAGAGCUGGGAACAUAUGGAAACUAUGUAUGUUUAAAUAAAUUUCAAAUUCAUGUUUUCCUUAUGGCUAACUUCUUUAUUUAUAUUAGUGUGUAUUUGUGUGUAUUUGUCUUGCAAGAAAAUUAUUUAAUCACUUAAAUUACAUACUCAUGCCUGCCUUUGAGAUUAAAACGUGUUUGAAAUAAUUAAAUACUGGUAUUAAAUUCAUGAUAUUUAAUUUAAAAAAAAAUUAAAAAUCCAUUGAAUUCAUUUUGGUGACAAAAUGACAGGUGAUGGGGCAUCAACUCAUAUUAAAAAAUAAAAAAAAAUAUACAUAUAUUUGAAUUUAUAAACUUAGAAAAACCCACCAUCAUUUAAACUACAUCAUCGUCUUUAAUUUGAUCGGGCGUGGUAUACCUUAUAAUACGUCACAAGCAAUGGCGCCGGCAAAUGGCACCGGAUGUAUUGGAUUUUUCUAUGAAUUGGCUGUAUAACGGUAACGGUACCAAUUCAGUGUACCAUUUUUUCCAGAUAACCAUUUCUCAACCCAUCUAAGAGGAUAUCCUGUGUAUAUUAUCGCAGUAUUGGGUAUAGUGUACUUUUUUCUGGGUAUAGCACUUUUUUGGGGGUAUUGCACAGAUUCCAGUAACCCCCCGACUUAUCUGACAGCGGGAAUUACAUUUGUCGUUUUUGGGUUUGAAUUUUAGACUUCUUCCCUAUGUUUAAAAACUAGAGAAGAUGACAGACCUCACGCCAGAGUUGGGGUUAGAUGUGAUUGAUGAAUGGUUCAAGAUAGGAAAGAAAUCGGUGCAGAAGAAUCUGAAAACUGUACCACGAAGUGUGACAGGAGGGAGAUAUUUUGAUACCACAACUCAAAGGCCACGUGUUGCAGAAACUGAAAACACCUUCCAUCCUCAACGAAGAACGCCAGCAUUUUCCCGGACAGAUUAUGCAGAGAAAUACAGACAACAACAGGAGCAGGAGUUAAUGGGAUACACACAUCCACACCAACAGGCUCAGUUAUCUGCUGUCACCAAUGAUUUGGAACACUUGGACUUGGACAGUAUUGCCACAUCUACGGUGGCAAUACCACAUGACCUGGUUCCCUCCAAUGCCACGGAUGUCUACAGGAAUUACAAUUUUGAGCACAGCUAUGAGAACAAUUUGCCCAUUGCAGAUCACAGAGAUGAAGUGGUUGGCAUGAUUGAGAGUAACCAGGUCACAGUUGUACAAGGAGCCACGGGAUCAGGAAAGACAACUCAGGUACCCCAGUACAUCCUGGACCAUUAUGCCAAAUCGGGACGCUACUGUAACAUCAUAGUCACUCAGCCCAGAAGAAUCGCAGCCAUUAGCAUUGCCAGGAGAGUGUGCUCGGAGAGAAAAUGGCAGUUAGGAACUGUUUGUGGUUAUCAGGUUGGAAUGGACAAACAAGCUUCAGAUGACACCCGUAUUCUGUACGUCACCACGGGAGUCCUGCUCAGAAAACUAGUCGGCAAGAAGAACAUGCUGGAAUACACUCAUGUUAUUUUGGAUGAGGUCCACGAGCGAGACCAGGACACCGAUUUUUCCUUGUUGAUUGUCCGGAAGCUACUUCAUACUAACUCCCGCCAUGUGAAGGUGGUGCUGAUGUCAGCCACAUUUGACUGCGAUUUAUUUGCCCAGUAUUUUGCCCUGCCAGUAAGAGAUCGGUUAGAACCAGCCCCUGUCAUCACAGUAGAUGAAGCCCCACACACUGUUUCCGAAUAUUACAUUGAGGAUAUUCAAGGGUUGGGUGAGAUACCUGCAUUAGAACCAUAUGAUCCUAUGAUAUCAAAAGAAGCAUAUGCUCUAGCUGUGAAGUUGAUUGAAGAAUUUGACAAAAUGGAAGUUAAAGUUCAAGGGAGGUUUGAAGACCGGAACUGUGCAAAGUAUCGUGGAACAGUCUUGGUGUUUCUACCAGGAAUGGUGGAAAUUGAUGACGUGCAUGAUCACUUGAUGGCUCUGGUCAAGAACAAUAAUCUGAAGAUUAUUCCUCUGCAUUCCACAAUAACUGUUGAAGAACAGAGUAGAGUGUUUGAUAUACCAGACAACGGACAGAGAAAGGUCAUUCUUUCUACAAAUAUUGCAGAAAGUUCAAUAACAGUUCCGGAUAUCAGAUACGUGAUAGAUUUCUGUCUAACAAAGAACCUGAUCAGUGACCCAGAUACAAAUUACACCAGUCUUCAAGUGGAGUGGGCUUCCAAAGCCAACUGUAUCCAGCGGAAAGGUCGAGCUGGACGUGUGUCAAAUGGGCGUGUUUACCGCAUGGUGACCAGGAAUUUCUAUGAAUCAAUCAUUCCUAGUUACGGAAUUCCAGAAAUGCAGAGAUGUCCGCUGGAGAAACUCGUCCUGCAGACCAAAGUAUUCAACAUGGGGGAACCCAAGGCUUUGCUUGCCCUGGCUCUGGAGCCCCCUAAUCUGGAUGAUAUCGAGAAAACAAUCUUACUUCUGAAAGAGGUUGGUGCCUUGUCUACCUUAACUACCGGGGAAAAUAACCGUCACGAUGGUCAGCUGACAUUUGUUGGCCAUGUUUUGGCAGACCUUCCUGUGGACAUUAAGAUUGGGAAGUUGAUCAUCUAUGGACACGUGUUUGGCGUGUUAGAGGAGUGCCUUAUCAUCGGUGCUGCAAUGUCUUUAAAGUCGCUGUUUUCCAAACCAUAUAAAGCUCAUCUUGAGUCUUACAGACAUAAACUGGACUGGGCAAGAGGGUCGCAGAGUGACAGUCUGGCCAUUCUCAAUGCCUUCAAGGAAUACGAAUCUCGGAAGAACAUGGGAGAGUUCAGAAGAGGCAUGUCUGAAAGAGAAUGGUGUAAGAGGCACUUCCUACAACAGAGACGGAUCAGAGAGAUUGCAGAACUUGUGAAGGAAUUGGAACAGAGACUGCUUCAAUUCAACAUCACUAAACCUGGACAGCGGCCUAAUUACAAGAGUCAUUUCAGCGAGGACCAGGAGCGACUGCUGCUGAAGUUGGUGAUGUGUGGUGCUUUCUACCCGAACUACUUUCUGAAGGGCCCAGUGGAUGAAGAGAGUGCCCUGAGAGAAAUGUCGGGAAAUGACCCGCUCAACACAGUAAUGGUGAAGGGUUUACCAGCCAAUCAGGGUCUGCUUUACAAAGAGAACUUGGAGGAUCAGUUUAGAAGUGUGGGGUUUAAUCCGGAGGCUUUCUUUGAGGAAACUAGGGCGUACGUCAGUUUCCAGUGGAAGCCGGAGUACAGAGGCCGUGUUCAUCCUGGUGUGUACAUGGCUAUUAAACUAAGACAGUUAAGACACUCCAUCACCAUUGAUCAGUACUCAUCAGACACAGCCCACAGGUUACUGCAGGAAAUGCAGAGACAGCAGGGGGCAUCCAUAGGGAAACUUAGAUCCAACCGCCAGGAUCGAACAUCUGAAGAGCAGAGGACACAGGUCUUACUACCAGACAUCUCAACGCAAUACGUGUCCCUUUUUGUUACCAAUGUUGUAGAAUGUGGACAUUUUUGGGCACAGUACAAUGAAAAUCAAAACUUUGAAGAACUACACCAAGUACAUGCCACUCUCAAUGGCAGAAACUUAUCGACUGUGAGUUCCUCCAAGGUGGGGCAGAUAGUGGCUGCUCCCUACACAGAGCAGGGCGAUACACAGUACUACAGGGCCAGGAUUAACAGCUGUGACCGUCAAAUGAGACAGGAGCGGUGGAUAGAUGUUGUAACGGUGUUCUUUGUGGACUUUGGAAACACCGAGACAGUGGACAAAGCAUCGCUGAGAGUCUGCCCUCAGUCCAUUGCCCACAUUCCUUUCCAGGCCUUUGAAUGCUUCCUGUGCGAGCUCCGUCCGUCGGUGAGAAAAUGUCCUGAUGGUCACUGGACAAGAGAGGCCACAGAUUUGUUCAGAAGCAGGGUGGAUCAACAAUCUUUGUUUGCUCAGGUGUAUUCCACUGUGAGAGAUACGCUGAGGGUAGAUCUGAUUCAAUCGUUUCCUAAUGGGCGACAAGUGUCCUACAGACAGGAGCUGAUCAACCUGGGAUACGGGGAGAAAGGGGAGGAGAAUUAUCUCUCAAAGAAAGAUCAUGAACAGAGACAAGCCCCCCAGUCUGUGAGGCACCAAGAGGACAGAGUUCGACCCUCAGACGACUGGUUAGGUACUGCUCUCAGCACAUCUUCACCCCUCUCUGCGGCCCCUCUCACACGCACAAGGGGUCAAAAGAUAUUUCUUAAAGGACCAAAUAACCCAUAUGAAAUGCAGUUUUACAGCUUGACGAAUGUUGGAAGAAUGAGGGCAGCAAAAGUUGAUCCAGACAGUGUGAACUCGGUUACUGUGGAUGAUGAACCAGAGUCCCCACAUGCGCGAAUGAUGAUCGCAGGAUUUGUGGGAUUGAAUUCGAAAGGUUCCAUUAUGAUAGCUCGGAACACCACGGUCAUGCCUCUUAUUCCAGGCUUACCAGCGCUGGUGUCAUUAUUGUUUGCUCCUAUUGCUGAACUCAGAGUUGACCAGAGAAAGGAAAACUACAUAGGAGCCAUUUGUGGCCUGGGGCUUGACCGUUUUUGUGGAGAGUCGGCCAUGCCUGACCAUGAUAUGGAAGUUGCAUUUGACACAGAAAUUACGUUAGAGGACAUCUUCAAGAUAAACGGAGUGAGAAUGGCCAUCAAUAUUGUUUUGGGAAGUGAGCAGGCUGUGUCUAACUGGGGAGAAGAUGCCAUAUACAAACUCCAAGACUCUGCACGCAAGAAACUCAUGAGCCUAAUUCAAGGGACAACAAGGGAGCCCUAUGAAGCACCGUCAACAGAAACUCCGUAUAAAUGGGAUCAGAUAGACGUGGCAGAUAUUUUGGAACAUGAUUUACAUAACACACCUGCUGACAGUUUGGUGUUGUUACACCUUCAUAAAGGUGUGUACUUACAGACAGAUCGGGAGGAGGAGGAAGAGGAGGAUCAAAUAGGGGUGGAAGAGGAGACCUUGGAGAUGAGACGUCAUGCUGAUUGGCUGCAUCAGGCCGCUACAAGUUCCACUAGCCGGGAGCCAAUUCUGUGUAGACUUUGUAACAUGACAUGGCAGACACCUCAGCUGUUACAGCUCCAUCUGGAAACUCGACGACACAAGGAAAAAGAAGAUGCAUUGUGUGGUUGAAACUUGAUAGAGGAAAAACUUAAAAAGAUCAUUCUAAGGUCGAAUUUUGCAAAUCCCUUCAGAUUCGAGGGACCAAGUCAAGCCUGUUGUGUUCAAAGAAGAGUGGAAAUAGAAUUGCUCAAGUUUCUAUGUUUAAUUUUUAUGCUCCCUGAAAAUUUAGUUCAGUACUAUAUAUGAUGACGACCCAACUAUAUAUAAAUAUAUUUAGGAAAUCGAUAAGUCCUAAAUAUACCCAUAUACCCAUAUAAUGAUUAAGUUUAGUCGCUGUCAGUCCAAUCAUCCAUCUGAGCUCUAUCUCCCAAACCUCUCAUCAGAAAUUUAUCAUAAUUUAUCGCAAAUAAUCCUUGGGAUAGGAACUUUUGGACCAAGGUCAUUUUAGAAAGGUUAAGGUAACUCAGAACAUAUACAUAUAAGGAAAAAGUUCCUUAUUUCUACAGAAUUUGAACAGGUAUUGAUCAUAUAUCACACAAAUAAGUAACAAGCAAAUAGCUUUCAGACUAAGGUCAUUCAAUGUCAUUUAGUAGAGGUCAAGGUCACUCAUAUCAUACCUUAUGCAAAAUAAAAACCUUCAUUUCAAUAAUAUUUCAACAAUUAUUUAUGGUAAUGGGAAUCAUUUGUCAUAUGAAGUAGUUCAUUGAUUAAGUGCAGUUUGGGGAGCAUCCAUCAGUUUUACUGAUAUUUGAUGUAUUUACUCUGUAAAAUGUACCUUGUCAGAACAUGGAGGAAAAUGCUAGCAUCGGAGAUGUAAAAACAAAACUGAAGAUAGUUUAAAGGAAAGUGCCCUGCACUGAUAACAGAUAUGUUUAGGAAGCUGAUAAGCCAAGUGUGCAGGGUUUACAAGUCUGUUUUAGAAUGAUUAAAGUAUGGUCACAGAGAGUAGUUGGCAAACAUUUAAAAAAAAACAAAACACAACUUGACGUAGAAACUUGAGCACAUCUAAAAUGGACUGUGUAUUUCCAUUUGGCGUCAGCAUCUUCAUUUUGAAGAUAAGGAAACUGAUUUUUGACUUUUAGCAGUAAGAACAGUUUGUGAAGUUUUGUUUGUUUUAUACCCGUGUACAGACUGAAGAAGAUGUCGUUCAGACUGAAUAAACACUGUUAAAGAGAUCUUAUUUCAUUAAGACGGGUGGUUGCUUAUGUUAUGGACUCUCUGGGAAGAGUGUGUCUUUUGCAAUAUUUUUUUUUUAUAUACAACUUGAAUAAAGUCGUUAAUUUAG